AUGGCGGCCGCUAGUAAAGCCACACCCUCCAGCUCCUCGACCGUCAACGGGUCCAUUUCAACUCUUAAUAAUCCAAAACUGCUCAAAAUGUCCUACUACUUCACAAUUCUAUCGCCCACCGACACGCCUUUAUUCAACAUCGCCUUUGGCACGUCGAAGGGGGUGUUCAUCAUCCACUCAAGCCUGGACAUAUUGGAAGAGGCGCAAUGGACGAAUAGCGGAAUGUACCUGAAGCACAUCGACACCUACCCGCCAGCAGCGGCUUAUAUCACGGCCUUCCUCACCCCAAGUGGCGCGCGCUUCCUUCUCCUCCACCAACCCCCGAAUCUCCCCUCUUCAAACAGCACGGGCAGCGGCCUUGGUUCCUCCUCACUACUAGGCACAGCAGGAUCAACCACACGUGCCUCAUCUAGCUCAAUCGCCGCAAACCCGACCUCCCCGCAGACCGAAGAGGCUGUGCGCCAGUUCAUGAAUGAGGUCUACGAGAGCUAUGUCAAGACGGCAAUGAGUCCGUUCUAUAAGCAGGGGAUGGAGAUCAAGAGUCCUGUUUUCAGAACGCGGGUAACUGCUGCAGGGAAAAAAUGGCUGUAA